UGGUGUUUGUGUUGCACGUUGUGCCCGUGUUUCGUGUUGCUGCCGCGCCACAACUCUGCGACGCGUUUUUGCCGACGCGUUUCCAAAAGUUUUGAACACCAAAAAAUGUGCUAAGCGCCCGCCCAAAGUGGAAACCCAAAACGGAACCUGAACGAUGCCCCAACGCACUCCGAGCCCCGACGGAAUGACUUCGCCGACGCGCUGCUGCAGUAGUCCGGCCGUGUCCGAGAUCUCCGUGGGUUCGCCCAGCCCGCCCCCGCCAGCAACCACGAUGCGGGCCCUGAACAUGAAGCGCCUGCGACUCCUGCGAAGUCCCACGCCCCUACAGAACGGUCGCCUCAAGGCCAGUCAGCCAGGCGAGGGUGGGAUCCGCAUCAAGAGCUUCUCCAUUGCGGACAUACUGGGACGGGCGGAUGAUGAUGAUAACGAUCGGAAGGCAGCCACGCCCAAUCCAGUGGGCGCUGCCACAUCCUGCGUCGCUCCCGUUCCUGCACCUGCUCCAGCACAUGCGGCAGCUCCACUGAUGCUCAUCCAUGAGCGUCUCCAGGCGCCGCCUGCUGGUCAGCUGAUGCAUUGUCCCACUCCGGGCGGACUCCAUCCGUUCCUAUCGCCCGCCCUGCUGCACAGUUAUGAGCAGCGCCUGGCCUGGGACUAUCAGCGCCAGCUGCAGGAGCACUUCCAGGCACAGGCACAGCUGCUCCGACAGAUGAGCAUGAAUCCCGCCAUAAUACCGUCCGAGGAUGGCAGCUCGGAGCACUCACAUCGCUCCAGCAGCAGCAACGGCAGCACCGAGCACUGCUGCAGUCCCAAGGAGAAGCAAUCACCGCCAGAGGGAACCCCGGACAAGGGCCAGAAGAACUCCGAAGCUGGCGGAGAUACACCACUGGACGCGUUGUUCCAAUUGUCCACCAAGAACUUUGACGAGGAGCAAGAUCCCUCAACGCUGAACAUCUUUGCAACACGCUCCAAUCCAAAGAAGAAACGCAAAUCCCGCACAGCCUUCACCAAUCAGCAGAUCUUUGAGCUGGAGAAGCGAUUCCUAUACCAAAAAUAUCUCUCGCCAGCGGAUCGGGAUGAGAUAGCUGGAGGAUUGGGACUAUCUAAUGCACAGGUGAUCACUUGGUUCCAAAAUCGGCGCGCCAAGCUUAAGCGCGACAUGGAGGAGCUCAAGAAGGAUGUGCAGAUCACGAAACAAUUACCCGACCAGUCAGCAGAUCCCCUGCGACCCCACCAUCAUCACCAGCAGCUGCAGCAGCACCACCACCCGCAACAGCACCGCCUCGUGCCGAGCGCCCAGACGUCGGGCAGCAUCGGCUCGGAAAAGGAUAAGGACAAGAACAAGGAGGACCUGCGAAUGCUUAAGCUGAUGACACUGAUGCGGUACUCGGAUGGCAAGUUGCUCUACCAGCAGCCACCCCCACCAGCAGCAGCAGCAGCAGCAUCAGCACCCCCGCAGAUAAUGCUGCCCCACAUGCAGCCGCCGCCCGCAUAGCCGCCCGCAGCACCGCUCCGCACCGCUCAGCGAUUAGCCUAAUUUGUAAAUUACUGACUACGAACGCUUUCAUUCGCAUCUAAUUUGCCAAAA